UAUUAAAAUAUUCUGGCGUCGCCAUAUUUCUUCCCAAAUAACAUCAAAUAGCUGAAUGAAAGUUCUUUGCCUUAAUUUGUCAAAGUUGACUGGGGAUUUACUAUCAACAAGGCAGCGUACGGAGUAGCGAGACUUAACAUAUAGUAUAAUCAACAAUGCCGAUCACUCGUCAAGUAAAAAACGUUGUUAAGAAUUACUCUAAUGUUGAAGUUAAGGUUCGAGAAGCUACUUCAAAUGAUCCUUGGGGCCCGUCGAGUUCAUUGAUGGCUGAUGUAGCUGACCAAACCUAUAAUGUUGUUGCUUUUUCCGAAAUUAUGAUAAUGAUAUGGAAGCGGCUAAACGACCACGGCAAGAACUGGCGUCAUGUCUACAAAAGUUUAGUUUUGUUGGAUUAUAUUUUGAAAACUGGCUCGGAACGAGUUGCUCAACAUUGUCGCGAGAAUAUAUUUGCGAUUCAGACCCUGAAAGACUUCCAAUUCAUUGACCGUGAUGGGAAAGACCAAGGAAUGAAUGUUCGCGAAAAGUCGAAGCAACUUGUGGCUCUGCUAAAAGAUGACGAACGCUUGAAGCACGAAAGAACUCGGGCAUUGAAGGCGAAGGAAAGACUUGCACAGACAAGUGGUGGAGCUGUCGGCUCAAGCAAAUUGAAAUCGGGCUCAUCAGGGAGUACAAGUGAUGUACGUGUUGAAAAAGAGAGCGAAUCACCUCCUGUAAGUCGCUCCUGGGAACCCGAGAGGCGAGCAAAUAAUUCAGAGAUUGAGAAAAGUCGUCCGUCUAACGAAAGUGAAGAACAACUGCAGUUGCAAUUGGCUUUAGCAUUGAGCCAACAGGAAGCCAAUGAAACGAAGGAGAAGGUCGCAAAAGAUGAACAGCGCUUUCAAAUAGCUUUGAAUGAAAGUCGACAAAGUGUAAAAAGACCUGGCGAAGUUACAUUAUCAAGUAUUGCAACUUCUAAUCCCCCCACUACACAAGCAUCUGAUCCUUGGGAUACGCAACCUGCUCAACCUGCGCAGUCCAAUGUUGAUCCAUGGGGAGCACCACAAGCCAAUACUUGGGGAGCACCUGCCCCUCAAACUGAUGCGUGGGGGGCAUCUGCUCCUCAAACUGAUACUUGGGGCACACCCACCCCUCAAGCUCAACCAUGGGGUAGUGUAUCCACAGUUCCACCAUCUGUUCCCAUCCAACCAGUUUCACAACCUGUUCCCACUGCACAAGGCACUGGGGCCACUCUAGAUCCAUGGGGUUCGAACAAUCCAGCCAAAACAGAACCAUCAUUAGAUCCUUGGGCUCAACCUGACCCAUUCAAUAAUGCCCCCCCUGCUGGUGGAUCUUGGAAUGCAGAUCCAUUUUCUAGUACAAAUGACACUUUAAGUUCAACAUCAGAUAUGUUUAGUACAUCUACUAUGUCUGACCCUUGGACUGGGUCCAACCCACCUUCUACAAAUGUAAGUCAAAAUAAUAUUGAACCCAUUGAUAUUAGCUCUUUGGGUCAAUCGCUUCCUCAAGAAAAUAAGAAAAAGGAUUUACUCUCAGAUCACUCCACCCUUGUUAACUUAGACUCGUUAGUUAGCAUAAAGCAGGAAUCCAAUCCAUUUUUCACUCCUGUACCACAACAACCAAAAACUGGCAAUCCUUUUGCUCAGGAAAAGCAAGCAGCUCCAUCAUUGAAUCAACUUCGUACUGGUCAACCACAACUCAUUCCUCAGACUAAUCCAACACCUUUUGGAGAUGCACUUUUACCUGCUCCAUUGAUUCCUACAGCUUCGGGACAACCUACAUCGGCUACUGGCAAUCCAUUUUUAUGAGGAGUUUUGUGUUCAAUGAAAAACUCAUUUGCUGAAGAGGUUUGAAAGUAACAAUUGCACAGUUAUGUGAUAUCCAUAUUAUUUUGAGGCAAAUGCUUUUUUUGAAACAAUGAAACAGACUUGACUUUUAUUGCAAUGAAUAUAUAAGCAAUUAUGUAAACAUUUCUAAGGGCUUACUUCAUCCUACAUUUGUGUUAAUGUUGCUCAGCUGAAGUCAUAUUCUGCAACCUACAUUGUCUAUCAAAAAGACAACCAUGGCUUUUAAUUUGAGCAGUCUUUAUAUUUAAAUAAAUUGUGAAGCUACGUACAUAGAACUACCUUGACAAAGGUACAUUAAUAGUAAUGCGCAUCAAUAAAACUAAGGAAAGUUUUCAUCAUGGUUUUCAAUUUGAGCAAUUUUAUACAUAAGAAAAGUGUGUAGCCAGACAGUACAUUGAAAUGACAUGUACUACAGCUAUAUGAUUAAGAAAUUUUUCAUUAAACUCUGAAAACCAA